AUGUCUACAAUAGACAUAAAGCACAAAUGCCAUAAUGGCAAAAGUGGUAAAAAUAAAUGUAUCUGUCAGAGUGAUGGUCGAAUUGAGGUAAAAGGAGGAACUCUCAAAUAUACUUAUGGGAAAGAGACAGAUUACAAAUAUUGCACACACAGUUUUUUGACAACAUGGAUAGCUAAUCUUAACUAUGGUGGAUCUCCCCUUCAGAUAUACAAUGGAGGUGGACAGUCAAGACAAUUCUCCGAUGCACACCAAGUGAUAUUGGAAGUAACAACUUACUAUAGUGCAACCUAUGACAACGAUGACGAAGAAACAAAGAAGCCUCUUCUACUCAGAAUCAAUGAUAAAAAUGGGUAUAGUUGGUAUUCCAAUGCGGAUGCAGAUUAUAAGAAAGAAUACGAGGGGGAACCUAAAGGCAAACCAAACACUAGAUGGAAAUUUAUCCCAGAUGUAGAAAGUCAGUUUUACCAAGAACAUAUUACUCCAACUCCAGAACUUGAGACACAACUCAAUAGUCUCACCUGUAAACUCCAUGAUCUUCAUUCUGUCAACAUUUAUCAGAACGGCGAUUUUAAGAGAACAUACUAUUGUCCAUGCGGUCAGGCCAAUGUUACCAUAGAACCUACUUCUAAUUAUACUCCAACAGGUGGAUACAUCUGUUACCUGCAUACAUAUGACCCAAAUGUAACAAGGGCUAGAUAUAGGAGUACUCUUCUUGAAUGGAGAAUGAGCAAAAAUGACGAUAAGUACGGUCCAUUUUCACUCAACCAACAAACUCCCACCCUCUAUGUCUUCUACUGGGAUAAAGAUACGGAACGUACAAAGCCUCUUAUUAUUGGAGUGUACGUUGGAAAAGACUCUGGAGGCAUACCCGUUCCGGUUUGUAAUGACGGCUACAGUGACAAUAGUAAAUGGACAAUGAUUCCUGAUAGACUCGGAGAACAUGUAUUUUCAGGGACUCUCCAUGAACAAAAGUGUCGUCUUUUCCAUCCGGUUGAGAUAGAUAUCACCAGUAAAGGACAUUAUAAAAACCCGCACUCUGAAAAGGAAGGAUGUAAGAUGGAAGAAUGUUCUAAGAACAUACAAGUUACUAACUACGGUGGACUGAAUUUGAAGAACUAUACAGCUAGGAAACACACUUACGGAGAGCCAGGAGAGACAUUUACCAUCAUAAAACUCACAGAGGGCCCCUCUCCAAUUGACAUUCUGACAGGAUCCUUUCCAAUAUGGGAUGUUAGGGAAGUAGUAGUAUUUUUUUCCUCAUGUGGUAAUGCUAAAACACCUCUUCUGGUCUAUGUGGGCAGUAAUGAUGAAAAAGCUAGGAAGUGGUACAAGAACACUGAUCCAAAGGGUGAUAAGUGGGAAGAGGAGACUAAACUAGAAGGUAAGGAUCCAAGGGAAGCUGAUAGGAAUGGCAGCCUUGUAAGUACUCUGAGUGAGAUUAAGAACAAGCUAAGACUUAGCUGUUCGAAUGGAGAAAAACUGGUGGUAGCUGCAAACGAAGUACAGCACCAACAACAUACUUCUGUUGUUACUCCAGGUGCAGCUGGAGGAGGCUCUGACGGAGGACUGUGGAAAACGGUCGAUCCUCUUAUCGAUCUUGGAAUUACUGGACUAAAUGUAGCUACUGCACUUGGUACUGUUGCUGUAAAUACAGCUCUUGAAAUAACUGAAAAGGCUCUUAAAAACGUUGCUGGCCCAUCUGACCAAGGUACUCAACAAGGUAUUGGAGAACUAGACUCUGCUACUGCUAACUCACCUGACCUAAAUACUAAUCAAGGUGAAUCUACUAAUUCUGGAGGUGAUGGACUUCAAGGAUCUAGAACUGAUGCUAGAGGACCUAAUGAUCCUGCUCUUACUCCUGGAUCCCCUCAAGGUACCGAAGGCUCUGAAUCUAAUCCAUCUGGUAAUAAUUCUCAAGAUGAAGUUAAGAAAGAAGACUCAUCUGAAGAACCUACCCCUACUGCUCCUCCUGGUCAUGCUGAAGCUCAAGGCUCAGACCUAGCUAAUACUCCUGGUGGACAAACUCUUGCUUAUGGAGGCUCAGACCUUUCUGAAAAGCCUACUAAUCCUGAUCUAAAGAUUGUAGUUGGAGUACCUACAGGCAUUCUUGGUACUUCUGCCUUGGCUUGUUUCUUGGGAUAUAAACUUUAUAGUCGCUAUAAAGGAGAUCCUUGGGUUAGACAGAUUUAA